AAAAAAUAUCAGUUUUAUUUAGUUCUAAAGAUGCUCUCCCUGAUUAUAAAUGCAUAAAAAAUAGAAUACAAUUAGAAAUUGAAUACCAAAUGUUUUCAAGAAUCUCCAGGAAACAGAAACAGAAAUUAAUGCAUUAUUUAUAAUUCAUUGCGUACGCAUGCCGGAUGUUUAAGAAUGCGGUGACUCCAAUGGCCGAAAUAGGCAUUAGCAGACGAGCUCCGAUGUAAAAAUGCCAAAUAAGUCACAAGUCCGAGAAGAAGAAGAAUCUGGACUGAAGAGAAGUGCUAGGUUACGUUCCAAAAAAGUUGAUUCAGAAAGUCAGAAUGACCAGGGAGCAAUUGGGAUGUCCCUGGAUGUGCUGGCACAUGUGGCAUCAGAGACUCUCAAGAAGGAACCAAACAGUUCAAAAAAGAAUGAAAAAAAUUCUCUUAAAAGGUUAUCCAUGAGGACAAUAGGUUCUGUGGAAGUUUUGUCACUGGAACAGAUACUUGGAUUGACAGAGAAAACUGUGCUGAAUUUGUUUACAGAGUCAUCAGCAAAUGAGUUAGCAAAGACGUUUACGUUCACCUGCCAACUUAUCCCAAAAAUAUGUCACAAGCAAUUUACAAGUUUUGGUAGUGAAAUGCGGGCUAGAACAGAAAUGAAAAAACAUGUAUAUGAACAUCUCAGUGAACUAGAGAAAGAUCCUGAGAGCCGGAGCAAGUUCACAGCUGAGCCAGUGCAUGUAAGGAACAAGAGACUUCUCUCUUACAACACAGCCAAGAAAACUCCAACUAAAAAGACAACAAAGUUACCUGCACCAAAAGUUGACUUGAUCAGAACAAAAAUUAUAGCAGAUAGUGUCUAUAUAUCUGAUCCAUGUUUACAAAGAAAACAGAAACUUGUAGGUUUUAUACCUGAUCCAGAUAAGCUUGAAAGUAUGGCAGUUUCAAAAGACAUUUUCCAAGAAGAUUUUCAAGGUGCUGAUAAGAAGUGUUCAGAAGAAAAUGAGCGUAAAAUUGAAGAAAAUGAACAGUUUAUCAUUGAACUUCUAAGUAAAACACAGCCACACCAUGACCAUGGUUACACAACCAUAUUUGGGAAAAGGAAAAAUUCUGAACAUGUGGACCAGUUGUUAGCCAAAGUAGAUAGUGAACCAGACUAUCCAGAUACCGGUACAUCAUGGAAGGAAGAUCUGAACCUCAAAGGAAUGAAAAAAGUCAUAUUUAUUGAACCAGCUGAUUCAAAACGAGGGGAGAAAAAGAGACCAGCACCAAUUUUGUUUCUUCGUCAUAGGUCUCCAGAUGAGAAUGUGCCUAUGGUGAGCGCAGAGGAAAUCAUUGAAGAGAAAACAGAUGGUGAGGAGGAGGAAGCAGAGACAGAAGAUGAAUAUGAGGAGAUGUCCCAAAAUGAAGAUGCUUCAGAAACUGCCCCACUUAGUAGUGGGGAAAAGCCGUACCCUCCAAUGCCAAAGAGCAUCUUAGCAAGGAAAGGCCGUCUUGGAUUUGAUAUACAGGAUUUGUCACCAGAGGCAAGUGAUGAUGAAGAUUUCAUAAAGACAAGAAAGAAAACAAAUCCACUGGGCCGAGAGGGUAGAGAAGGAAAUCUGGGCUGGGAACCAAAGUUGGCUUUGAAGUUUAUCAAAGAACUGAAGGCACGGAAGAAAGAUGAGAAUAUUCCCCUAAAAUGUAAGAUUUGCAAAGACAAGACUUUUACAGCUACAGCAACCCUCAUGUAUCACUACAGGAGUCAUGCAGGGAUCAAGCCAUUUGUGUGCCUCAUUUGUAACACAACAUUUACACGUCAACACAGCCUUAACUAUCACAUGUUGAUACACAACAAUCAGAGCAGAUUUACCUGCAAGGAUUGUGGUAGAAAAUUUAGACAUCCUAGUCACUUUAAGGAACAUUUGAGAAGACAUACUGGAGAGACUCCAUUUGAGUGUCUUGAUUGUGGUCAGAAGUUUAAAACCCGCAACACAUACAAGCGCCAUCUCAAAACCCGCCAUGGCAAGCUCCUUACAGCUACAGGGAUACACUUGCUUUCCCAGGAAGAGUUUGCAAAGGUUCGAACCAAGAGGUACCACAUUCCAAAACUUCUACCAGAUAUUGGGUAUAAAAUGCCGGAAUUGACUUUCACUAAACUUAAGAGAAAGCAGACUGGAGAACUGGAAAAGGUUGAAGAAGAAAAAUUGACAAGAUCUGAAAUUGUAGAUGACAGUAUGAUUUUCGAAGAACUCAAAGCAGAUAUUAAGAAGGAGGCAGAAUCUGGAAACGAGUCAGAUCCAGAGCUUGUAGAUAUAUUGGAAGUAUUGUCUCAAACAGCUACAGGUGAUAAUAAUAAAGGAAUACAAACAGAGAAAGAUAUUAAGCAGGAACCAUUGAGUGACAGUGAUAAAACAAGCAAACCAUGCACAACAGUUAUUUAUGUUAAUAAUGUUGGAGGCAGCAUAACUCAUACAGCAGGUCUGGUGAAUAUUAAGUGAAAUUUCUCUUAAUCAAAUUCCUUUUAUUUUAAAUGAAUGAAAUAAUGUAAUAACUUUUGUGAUUUUAAACACAUGUUAUUGAGUUGCAUCCGUUUGAUGUUAGAAAUGUUGUUUUAAUUGCUAAUGAUUUUUUCCUUUGGACAUAAUUUUGUGAAAACUUAGCUUCAUAGAUUGUGUAUAUAAUUUACAUUUUCAUGAUAGAAUUUGGUACAUUUUUUCAUUAAGAGGAAAUGAAUCUGUAUACUUGAUGAAGCUUUACAUUAUCAAAAGAUGCAGUGUAAGCACAAGAUGCUCUAUUGUGAUCUCUCCUUGUCUGUUUUAUGUUCGUUCAUACACAUGUUUUGUAGUUAAUGUCAUUAUUCAGUGCAUUUUUCUUUUCAAUAGAAGUGCAUGCCCCUUCAAAAUCCAGAAUUGAAUCUUUAAGAAAAAAAGAGAGAGAAAAGUGGCAGAAAACUACUUAAUGUCAUGCAGAUUUGACUACUUAUCAAGGCAUUAAAUGUUUAAGUAAACUUGAUAUUGAAUAAUAAAUUAUUGAAUAAUUUUUAAUUGCAUCAAGUGACAUAGAGAUGGUGUACCCUAUCAGGGUCGGUACCAACACAGAUGCAAUUUAUAUAGGUAACAUUAAUAAAGAAGGGCGCUUGUAGUUCUUUCUGGUUUCAAAUUGAGAAAAAAUGUCAAGAAACAAGAUAAUAUGAGACAAAAUACUUUCAACAGUUUAUCAGCAACAACAGAAUUAAUCUGAGUUUGGUAUUCUUCAUCAUUAGUCUAGAGAUUUUGAAAUAACUUCGCAAAAAUAUUCACCAUAGCAUCACUGGUGGCUGACGAUGUCAAACCGCGAGCCGUUUCAUUACGAAGACAGGUAAUGGUUUCGUUGUGAGUAUUUGUUUACAUCUAGCGUGGCAUGCAUAUGCGGUUUACAAAUUUUAAUAUAUUUUUCUUUUUUUCGGUGUGGAUCUUUGGAUAGUUACAGAGAAAUGGUGAGUUAAUGUGUAUGUUAUGUUUGUGUAUGCGUAUAUGCGACAUUUUGUUUUUUCUUAAAUAUUUUUGUGUUUAUUAGUGUUCAAUUACUAUGUGUUACAUAAAAAUCCUUGUUUAUUUGCAAAACGGUAUAAAAGUAAGAUAAAAUAAUCAAAGAAAGAGUCACUUGUCGAGAUAUCAGUGAAUAUUUGUUCCUGCUACAAUAAGAUGUCUCUGUUAUUAUGAAAACAUUAUUAAAAUCGGCAAUAUACAUCAUUUUUUGUGUCUGUGUUUCGCACAGUGUGUGUCUAGGUUUUCAUACGAAGUACAACAAAAUAGUAUGUGUUUCGUUACAAAGUCGAUUUUCUAUUUUUUUCAGAAUCUUAUGUGCAGCUAUUGUGACUCUACAUUUGAGAACAUAAAAGACACAGUGUGUCAUUGUGUUGAGGAUCAGUCACCCAUCUGAAAACAAAGAAAAUGCAGAUUGUCUACAGCCAAACUCAGUGAUGAUAUACGAGUUUAUAAGGCCGAAGCAUCAAAUCGAAGUUGAAAUAAAUCAAUUAAAUAAUAAAAGCCCUUUACAUCAAAAGAGGUAUGCUUAGAAAAGGCUAAUCUGAGAAAUAGCAUUUUAAUAUCAGGUGAAUAUAUCAAUAAGCAAGAAAAUGCAAAAUAGCUAUGAAUCUUUGAAAAUACAAAUUAAAAGUCCUUACAAUGACUAAAUCAUGCACACAAGUAUCGCACACAAAGACCUGUAUAAGAUCAUGAAUUAGCAAUAUAGAACGAUUUAGACAAACAUGAUUUCGGAUAAAAAAUAGAGUGGCAUAUCAACAAGAUUUAAAUACAUGAAAUGGAUGAAGUAACUACAUAUUUGUAUUUAAAUCAGUGCAAAAAGUAACCAAGACGAAUGCUUUUAAGUGAAACUUAAACAGACGAGAAUGAAUCAUCUUUCCCUAAUGUUAAAAACAACAAAAUUAAACAAAUUAUAUUAAAGGUCAGCACACAUGUAUAAUUAUCUAAUGGCUUCAGAAGAAAACCUAGACAUAUUCUGUUGAUGUCUUCAAUAGAAAACACAUACACUUUCAGUUGAAAACCCAUACCUAAUGCAGUGACUUCGAGAGAAAACCCAUACUCAUUUCUUAUAAACAUGACCGAGUAUUAAAGGCAAUUUUUGUAGGAAUAGAGGCAUAAAAUCAAAUGAAAAACAUGUACAGUCGAAAAAUAUGUUGAACUCGUUUUCAAAAGCUGAAAGUUUAAGAACAAUAAUUACAAAUUUUAAUAACGGAUGCUUGUGUUUAUCAUGAAUUUGCUGUAUAAAACCACACAUUCAAAAAGAAACUGUCUGAUUUUAUUCAACACACGAUCAAACAACUGCAAAUUAGUCAUAUGUUUGCUUUGUUAACAAUUGGUAAAGAUUUACAGCUUACGUUUCACACAAAUACUCUUACCUUUAUAUGCACAGUUAUGAAUUCCAGUAACACAGGGGUGUGUGAGGCGUGUAUGUAAACAAAUACUCACAACGAAACCAUUACCCGUCUUCGUAACGAAACGGCUCGCGGUUUGACAUCGUCAGCCACCAGUGAGCAUGAGGACACAUCUGUAGCUUCAAAGUCAACAUCACCCUUUUGGGUCAAAGAUCCAAAGGGUCUAUUUCAUGUCUACUCAGUAAUCUAUCAUCAAUCAAGGGCUUUUGAAACAACAUGAGGUACUGAGGACUUGAGGUACUGGUCAUAUUAUUACCACAUUGGCACAUAAUCCAGUGUAGACAAGUUGGAUCAGUUAAUACAUUAUUAGCUCGACUAUUUUAAGAAUAGUUCGGGCUAUUGUACUCGCCAUGAUGUUGGCGUCACACUUUGUUUAAAGUUUUGAAUGCAAGUAGGUAAAGCUAUCAUUUCAAGGCAUAUAGCUUUGAAACUUAUUUUUCUUUUUCUAAGUCAAUUACCAACAUCACUGGGUCAAGUCCCAUAACUCUGACAUGUUUUUUGGCCAAAGUAUGCCCUCUUUUAGACUUAGAAAAUCCUGCAUGCAUGUUGCUAUCUCCAAAACUAAUGCAGAUAUUGGAUUGAAACUUUUGAGUUAUGAAACUAGGUGGUAGCAUCAAGUGCCGUAACUCUGACAUGCAUUUUAGCUAAAUUAUGUCCCCUUUUGGACUUAGAAAAUCCUGGUUAAAAUCAUGCAAGUAUAGCUGUUAUUUAAAGGCAUAUAGCUUUGAAACUUACUUUUACUUUUUCUAGGUCAAUAACCAACCUCACAGGAUCAAGUCCCAUAACUCUGACAUGUUUUUUUGGCAAAUUAUGGCCCCUUUUGGACUUAGAAAAGUCUGGUUAAAGUUUUGCAUGAAAGUUACCAUCUCAAAACUAGAUACUGGAUUGAAUUUGAAACUCUAUAGAUAUUUUAACAUUUAAGGUAAUAGUUCUGCUUCUGGAACAACAAUUCAAAUAGUCUAGCAUUGUCUUGUUUUACAACCCAGUUGUAAAAUUUCAUUGUUUGAGCAUGUGACUGUCAAACACAUUUCUUGUUAGACUGCUUCAGAAAUGUUAAGCCAAAAAAAGCAAAAUCUUAAGAUGACCUAUCAAGUUCAGUUUAGUGAACCUAAACCAUUCGUAAUUGAUAGCACUGUUAACAAUGGCCAUCUUCACUAAAAUAUUUUGUCUUCAGAUAUUUACUUUAAAUGUAUAAAAUCCUCAUCUAAUGUAUAGUUUAUAUUUACUACAUAUAUUAGUUUAGUUCGCAUAUAGAGCUUCUUUCAGAAAAAGAGCCAGAUUUUUUACUGGUAGUACACAUUUUCUAUACAUGUAUACAGUGUGUACUAUUUUAAACCAAGUACAUAUAGUACUGUUAAUGCACAUAAACUUAUUAAUUUUAUGUAAACAUAAACUAUAUGAAGUAAUUGUUCAUGUUUUAAAUAUGAAAUUUGGAUCUAAUGUAUCUUUAAAAUGUCACUUCUUUUUAAUGAAAUAAUGAGUAAACCUUUAUGCAAAUUCUUGUAAACUGUCAGUAUUUCCACAAGUCUGUUGUUACAGUAGUGAUGUUUUAACCAAAUGCAUUUUAGUUCCUUGAAGAAAGGUAAUAGUGUAGUAAAGAAGUAGGGAAUACCAUGCAGUCAUUAUCCAUUCUUCAGGCUGUAAUGGGUAUUGCUACUAAAUCUUAUCAUAACAUAGUUUAUAAAUGGUUAUUUUAGGUUUUCACUUUCAUGCCUGUUUUGUUUGAUCUUUUGCUGUAAAAGGUCCAUUACUAAGGGAAAGUGAGUUGGCAAUUUUUUUCAUAGCCAGUGCAUAGACUUCUGCAAGACACUAAAUAAUGAAGAUUGGCAGGUCAAAAUUUACAGAAGGUCUUUGGAACUCAAAGAAAUGUAUGUGUAUUAUGUUGAAAUUUCAAUGAAUCGACAGAAUGACCCCCCAGGUCUUUUUAACUUUCUUCAUACUUCAUAGAAAAAUAAUUGUACAUAUACUGCGAUUUAUUUCGAAUUUCUACAUACCAACUUUCAUUUUCCAAUAAAAUGAAAUAGUUUCUGUGCUUUUUAAAAGAAAUUAAAAUGUUCACUUUCCUUAGCAUUGGACCUUUAAAUUGAAGAAAUAAAACAAAUCAAAUAGUGCUAUAAGAAGGUUUUCAAAGGAUUGUUAGAAAGUCUUAUGGUUUUGUUCUAAAUUUUUCUGAUGACAUGGCAGUAUAUGUAGUAAGAUUGAUUCAGAUCCAUUUGUAGUUAAGUGAUCAAGAGGAUGUUUUGAUAUUUGUUUGGAUAUGACUAUACAUGUAUACUGAAUUUGGUGAGCACUAAGACAUACAGAUACACAUUUAUAGAAUAAUUUUAAAACUUAAUUGUUUGGUAGUUCAAAACCAGAACAAUAUUUACACUUAAUUGUUUAGUAGUACAAAAUCAUGUACAUUAACUAGUAUUGAGACAUAAGAUUAUUUUAUAAGAUAAUUUUCAGCAGAUGUUUAUUACUGUUCUUCAUUUUUACAUCACAUGAUCCUGCUAAAAUUGGAUUUUUAUGCCCCCACUUUGGGGGGGGGGCAUAUAGAUUUGCUCUUGUCCGUCCGUCCUUCCGUCCGUCUGUCCGUCCGUCCGUCCAUCCGUCCGUCCGAAAAUGUUGUGUCGCGCGUAGCUCUGAAAGUAUUUGACGUAGAGUCACAAAACUUUACAAGAAUGUUGGUCAGCAUGUGUAGUUGUGCACCUGGGGUUUCGCGUCCGGAUCCAUUCAGUCAUGUAGAAGUUAUGGCCCCUGGCUUUGUAAAAAUUGGUCAUUUUAAUGUUGUGUCGUGCCUAGCUCCAAAAGUAUAUGACCUAGAGUCACAAAACUUUACAGGCAUGUUGGUCAGCAUGUGCAGUUGUGCACCUGGGGUUUCGCGUCUGGAUUCAUCCAGACAUAUAGGAGUUAUGGCCCCUGACUUAGUAAAAAAUUGGUCAUUUUAAUGUUGUGUCACGCAUAGCUCCAAAAGUAUUUGACCUAGAAUCACCAAAGUUUACAGGAAUGUUGGUCAGCAUGUGUAGUUGUGCACCUGGGGUUUCGCGUCCGGAUUCAUUCAGUCAUGUAGAAGUUAUGGCCCCUGACUUUGUAAAAAUUGGUCAUUUUAAUGUUGUGUCGUGCCUAGCUCCAAAAGUAUAUGACCUAGAGUCACAAAACUUUACAGGCAUGUUGGUCAGCAUGUGUAGUUGUGCACCUGGGGUUUCGCGUCCGGAUUCAUCCAGUCAUGUAGGAGUUUUGGCCCCUGACUUCGUAAAAAAUUGGUCAUUUUAAUGUUGUGUCGUGCAUAGCCCCAAAAGUAUUUGACCUAGAAUCACAAUAGUUUACAGGAAUGUUGGUCAGCAUGUGUAGUUGUGCACCUGGGGUUUCGCAUCCGGAUUCAUUCAGUAUUGUAGAAGUUCUGGCCCCUGACUAAUGUCAUGUAGUGGCGGCAUCUGUGUCCCAUGGACACAUUUCUAGUUUUACAUAUGUACAUGAACUCAAAUGUUACAUAAAGUAGUGCAUUUAAUUAUAAAUAUGAAAAUCAGGAAAGAAGAAAGUUUUCUUUUUCUUCUGAAAUUUCAAGUUUGUACUUGUACAGUUAUCUUUAUUGAAAGCUUAUACAACUGUAAAACGAAGUGUCUACUGGUACAGACACCACUAUAGAGGAUUUUCUAGGAGUAUAAAUCUCCUUUCCAGGAAGGAAUUGUUUGAGAAAUCUUUCCUUGAAUCUUCUAAUGUUCACUGAAUCUUCUAAUGUUCACUGAAUUUGCUUCCAUACCUGUGUUUUCAUUUCGAUGUAAAUGAGAUGUGAAACCAAAAUUUGUAGUCCUAUUUGGCGCCAUAUCACAUAUACUGUGUUGGUGCGCCGUAAAACCCAAAUAAAUCACAGAAUUUGUUCUAAACAUAAUUAUCAAGAUAUUUUAGCUAAAAGAAAUGUUACUAAAAAACUGGAAAAAAAAAGGUGCCUGUUUGAGUCUGGCAAAUUUACUUGGUGUUCCUGUAUUCAUUACGUUUAAAAAGAAACUGUUGGCUAUUAAAUGAUUAGUAGAAUAGGGAACCAUUUUGAUUCACGAUUUAAUGAAUAUGGGUUAAGGUUUACAUGUAUUUCAUGUAGAAAAAAACGCACAAUAUCUAGUAAAAAAGGUAGCUCGUUCUGGUAGAAAAUCUUCUAUAGACUUGUGUAGAGGUAUGGAUCCCUACCCCAGAAAUUAAGAUUCUAGAUUAUGGAUUCAAACCCAUAAGUUCCAUUGUAAAAAUGCCCAGUGCAAAUCACUUCAAAAAUGGAUGCAAGAUGCAUAAAAAAUGAAUGAAUAAAUAAAAAUUAAGACUU